CUCUUGCGACAACCCACGGAGGAAAAAAGCCUUCAGUGAGUUUGAGUUACAAUGUGCUGAUUUUUCUCCUGCUGUGCGGGACCAAGUACUGAGACCAGGGACAUGGAAUUGAGUUAAAAACAAGGAACAUUCUCUGCUUUUUGUUUGUUUGUUAUUAUUUACGCGUCGCGGCGGACGAAAGUUGGCGCAUGGAGAGAAACGAACUUUCAUUAUUGUCGCAGCGUCUUUUCUUUGUUUCGUUUUGUACGUCGCCGCUGUUUGCUCACCCGCCUCGUCGCGUUUCGCUGACGACGAAGUGAAAGUAACGUUGAAGCCACCUUGAGGUUUCCUUUGAAGUUGGACCAGCAAAGCGGGGUAACCUGAGGACGCAGGACGGCGGCUGACAUGGUGGACAACAAACCCAUUCUCCAGGACAGACCUCCCGCCUACAACGCCGUCCCCGGGGCUUACGAGUAUGGCCCGCAGCAGCACGGCUACGGGGCUAUCCCGACCCCGGCCCCGCCGCCAUACCAGUACCCGGACGGCGGCCACCAAGGGUAUCCUGCUGCCCAACCGGGUAUGGCUGUAUCCCAGCAGCCCUACGCCGCCACCUACGCUGUGAUCCAGCCCUCCGUGGUGGUGGUAGGAGGCUGCCCCGCCUGCAGAGUCGGAGUCCUGGAGGACGACUUCACCUGCCUGGGGAUCCUCUGCGCCAUCUUCUUCUUCCCGCUGGGCGUCCUCUUCUGCUUCGCCCUGCGUCAGAGGCGCUGUCCCAACUGCGGCGCCACCUUCGGAUAGAAGCACCAAACUGCGCCUUUAGUGCACAAACAAUCCAGUCAUUUUUUUACUGUCUUUACUAAAUUUUUUCCCCCCCAUGUUACCUUACAUGCUCGCUUUAAACGUCCCAGGCAGAAAUAUAUAGAGAGAUAUUUAGAUGGUGUUAUUUUUUUUUCAGAGGCAGUGGAACUGUCAAUCAUGAGCUCUUUUGAUCAGAACCGGCAGUAUCUGUGGCACUUUUUUUUUGGAUUGUGCAAAGAAAGAUGGAUGGCUCCAUUUGGGGAAUCGGGGGGGGGGGGGGGGGGGGGCAUAUAUGCACUGAUUAUUCUAAUUGUUUUGCUUCUCCAAGGUCAAAGCUCAGGUACUUUCACCUCCACUAAUUCAUACACACACAAAAAAAAAAUGGCUGUAUUUUUUUUUGUUUGUUUUCUUACAGUCCCCUUGCCCUUUUCUAUUAUUAAUAAGCAAGACAAUCAAAAACAUGUCUUCCAUCCUCCGACAAAUAACGUCCUGAAACCAGAGAACAUUUUGCUUUAAGAAGCAAUUUGCCUGCGCACGUAUUCUUACUUUUUUUUAUAUAGCAGUUUAUGUUACGACAAAUAUUAUACUACCUAAGUUUUGGCGCGCAUUUGUAGACGCUCCCUUGAUUGUCUUUCUUUUUGUAUUCAAUUCUGUUAUUAAAAUAUGAUACUACCUGA